CUCUUCAAAUCCAACCCCCCCCCCCCCCCAAAACCAGAAAGAAAAAAAAAAUGGCACAUUUUUGAAGUAAGUUCUGAGCCCAGAUUGAAAAAUGGACAUAGAAUUGGCAAAGUGUGAGUGCUGUGGGUUGAAAGAAGACUGCACCCAAGCUUACAUUAGUGAGGUGAAAGCAAAAUUUGAUGGGAAAUGGCUGUGUGGGUUGUGCUCCGAGGCUGUUAGAGACGAGAUUAUCCGAGGAAACAACAACAAUAGUCAUAUGACGAUGUUCGUGGGAAUCGAAGAUGCUGUUAAGGCUCACAUGUCUUUCUGUCGGAAGUACAAAUCCAAUAACCCUGCCACUCAUGUAGCUGAUGGGAUGCGACAGAUGCUAAGGAGAAGGUCUUCUCAUCUCUCACCUUCUUCUUCUUCUUCUUCUUCUUCCAAGAAGUAUUCAAGAUCAGCAAGCAGUCCAUCUGCUUCAUCUUUUUCUUAUUGUUAACCGGGAUGUGGUUGAGUGGAAGGCCAGGGGCAUGGACUUAUCCAUCCUUAACUAAAUAUCAAAAGCUCGAUCCUUCGCUUUGGGUAUGAAGUAGCCUUAAAUCUGCGGAUGAAGAGUUAGAGUUAGUUACAGUCCGACGGUAGAAACUCUGGAUACACCCAAAAAAAUCUUUCCCCUGUUACUAAAAUAAAAAAGAUGAAGUUAUAUGUAGUCUCUUGAUUAUUGUGAUAUUUUCUUUUUUUAACUUUCGAACUUCAAAUCAAUCAGUUUUAGUUUUCGACUAUUGAAACUGUGUCA